AUGCGUACAGAGUUUGCACAACGGUGGGAGAGAGACCUCCGUAUUACUGUGUGCUUAGCCUACGUGACUGUUAGCUUCUCUAGCGACUUAACGAGUAAUCCUACUUUUCCGAACCUUGAAAGUACCUUUGAGAGGGGUAGGGAUAUCACGGCGUAUAGGUCGACCAUAUCGGAAGCUCAGGCAAGAGUCUAUGCGCUCGUUGAAAGGCAAUCGGUUGCCUAUGCAACCCUUCACCCUGUCAGGGAAAGAAGUCGUAAGCCCAAGUUUAUUCCUGCAACCAAGUCAGCCACUGAGGGUUUGCGGAAGGUCACGCUUGAUAGUUCAGAUGAAGCAGCUGCUAGUUUUACAUGUGCCAUCUGUCGGCAGGAAGGCCUUCUUGAUGAUCCGCUGGAAGCCCUCGAAGAAGAAAAAGAAAUAGAAAAUCACGGGAAUGCCUCACUGACGACUACUCAAUUGCCCUGCUCACAUAUCUAUCAUGAAACUUGCAUUGUCCGGUGGCUGCAGAUCAGCCAUUUGUGCCCCUUGUGCCGACACCCAAUGCCAACUGCGCAAGUCGGAGAGAAAUCAAAUCCAGCUUAA